CAGCCGUGUUGGGCUCGCCGCCGCCGGAGGCUGCACCUGCCCCAGAGGAUGCCCAGGAGCCCGCGGGAGCCUCUCCGGAUCAGAACUUUUUAGGCUGCCCGCCCCCAUCCCCGCAUCCCCGGGCCGCGCACCGGUAGGCGGGGGCCGUGGGGGCGCCGCCGCGCGAGUCCCUCUCGUGUCCCCCUCCCCACCCCCAGCUCGGCCGCCUGCCGCUUUGUUCCGGGCGCGCCGAGGGAAGGCGAGGCUGCGGCGGAUCAUGCCCAUGGUGUAGCCGCCAAGCGGAGGCAUGGCUGCCGGAAGGUUACUGCUCUACACGGGCCUCUCGCUAGCGCUCUGCGCCCUCGGCAUGCUGGCCGUGGCCAUCUGCUCGGACCACUGGUACGAGACGGACGCCAGGAAGCACAGGGACAGGUGCAAGGCCUUCAACACCCGCCGGGUCGACCCUGGCUUCAUUUACAACAAUAACAACAACUUGCCGCUCCGGGCGAGCCGCUCGCGCCUGGACCGCUGGGAGGGCAAACUCCUGCGGGCCCGGAAUCGCCGGCAGCUCUUCGCCAUGAGCCCUGCGGACGAGUGCAGCCGGCAGUACAACUCCACCAACAUGGGCCUCUGGAGGAAGUGCCACCGGCAGGGCUUCGACCCGGAGAUCGCCGCCCUCAUUCGGAAAGGAGAAAUUGAGCGAUGCACAUACAUCAAAUACCACUACUCCUCAGCCACCAUCCCCAGAAACCUCACUUUCAAUAUCACGAAGACCAUCCGUCAGGACGAGUGGCAUGCCCUACACCUGCGCAGAAUGACGGCCGGCUUCAUGGGCAUGGCGGUGGCCAUCAUCCUCUUCGGCUGGAUCAUCGGCGUGCUGGGCUGCUGCUGGGACCGGGGCCUUAUGCAGUAUGUGGCAGGGCUGCUCUUCCUCAUGGGAGGAACCUUCUGCAUCAUUUCACUGUGCACCUGUGUGGCUGGGAUCAACUUCGAGCUGUCACGUUACCCACGCUACCUGUAUGGACUCCCCGAUGACAUCAGCCAUGGCUAUGGAUGGUCCAUGUUCUGUGCAUGGGGGGGCCUGGGCCUCACACUAAUCUCGGGAUUCUUCUGUACCUUGGCCCCCUCUGUUCAGCCUGUCCCGAGGACCAACUGCCCUAAAUCCAGACCCGAGAAUGGGACAGUGUGCUAA